UCAAGAAGUCCACAGGAUGUAAACAUGGUGAUUCACAGAUGAAAACAGCGUCAAAAUGAUCUUUGAAAGUGUGGUCGUUGACGUCCUCAAUCGGUUUUUAGGGGACUACGUUGUGAACCUUGACAGAUCGCAGCUGAAACUUGGCAUAUGGGGAGGUGAUGCUGUUCUGAAAAAUCUUGAAAUAAAGGAAAAUGCCUUGAGUCAACUUGAUCUCCCUUUUAAAGUGAGAGCUGGUCACAUAGGACGUCUGGAGUUAAAGAUUCCAUGGACAGACAUCUACACCAAGUCAGUGGAGGCCACGUUAGAUGGUGUCUAUCUGCUUAUCGUCCCCACAGCAAGUAUAAAGUUCGAUGCAGAAAAGGAGGAGAAGCAGCUACAGGAGGCUCGUCAGAGGGAGCUUCAGCGAAUUGAGGAGACAAAGCUCAAGGCUGCAGAGCAAGAGAAUCCAAAGCUAGAAAAGCAGGACACCUUUGUGGAAAAGCUCGUCACUCAAGUGAUCAAAAACCUACAGGUCAAGAUCUCUAACAUUCAUGUUCGCUAUGAGGAUCAUAUCACUAAUCCAAACUGUCCUUUGUCAUUUGGAGUUUCGCUUAAAAACCUCAGCCUUCAGACAGCUGAUAAUAACUGGAAACCCACUUUGCUGGAUGAACACUCCAAGCUUUUCUUCAAGUUGGUUCAGCUGAACAACUUGUUUGCCUACUGGAAUGUCAACUCGGUUCUCUUCUCCAACCACAGUGCAGAUGAAGCCCGGCGAUGUCUUGAGAGCAGCAUGGAAAUCCGACCUUCUGUUCCUGUCAGCCAUGACUUCAUUUUUCGUCCCAUAUCAGCGAAUGCCAAAUUGCGAAUGAAUCCCAGGUCCGACGUGGAUUUCUCUUCUCCUAAAGUGGACCUGAUGGUCAACCUCAGCGAGGUGGCUAUAGAACUCAACAGACCUCAGUACAUUAGUAUUCUGGAGCUGCUAGGCUCAGUGGAUAUGAUGUCACGAAAUCUGCCAUACAGAAAGUACAGACCUGAAGUCCACGUUCACGGGAAUGCUCACAUAUGGUGGAAGUAUGUGAUCACAGGCAUCCUGGAGGUGGAUGUGAAGCCACAUCUCCACAUGUGGUCAUGGAAACACAUACGGUGCCACCGGAAAUCGGUGAAGUGUUACAAAGAGCUCUACAAGACAAAGAUCACUAACAAAAAGGCCAACGAGGAGCUGCUCAAGCAGCUAGAGGGUAAAGAAAAGUCUUUAGAUAUUUUCAACAUCACAUUGGCCAGACAACAAGCUGAGGUGGAGGCGAGCAAGGCAGGGCUGCGUAUUUAUCGUCCAGGGAUGAAGAUGGAGGAGGAGGCGUCUCAGGGUUGGUUAAGCUGGAUGUGGAACUGGGGAGGAGAGGCUGAGACACAGACUAAAGAGGUCAAGACUGGAACGUUGGAUGAGUUGUUAACCGUGAAAGAGAAAGCCAAUCUGUACACUGCCAUCGGAUACAGUGAAACUGCAGCUAAUCCCAACUUGCCAAAGAAUUUUGAGGACAUGAAGGUCAAUUUCCACAUGGAAAGAUUGUCUGUGUCCAUCAAAGACAAGAAGGAUAAAAACGAGAUCAUCAAACUGACUGUGGGGGAGCUAAAGUCAACAUUCACACAGAGACCUGGAGCACAAGCCAUUAAAGUCACUGCCCAGCUGAGUUUGUUUGAGGUCACAGGUCUGGCCACUAAGAGGCCAGCACCAACGCUCCUUUCAUCAAGAAAGGCCGCCACAGGAGCAGGAACCCCUCUGCUUUGCAUCCUGUUUGAGACCAACCCGCUGGAUGGCAGCGCUAACCAGCGGCUCCACGCUGAGUCACAGCCGCUGGAAAUCAUCUAUGAUGCAAUAACAGUGAACAGCAUGUCAGAGUUCUUCAGGCCUCCAGAUGAGCUGCAGCUGGAUGAGCUUACCAACGCCACCCUGAUGAAACUGGAGCAGUUUAGAGACCGCACAGCCACUGGUUUGAUUUACGUGAUCGAAACACAGAAAGUUCUAGACCUGAAGGUGAAUUUGAUGGCCUCCUACGUCAUUAUUCCACAAACCGGCUUUUACGACGAAACCCAGAACAUUCUGCUGUUGGAUCUUGGUCAUUUCAGGAUUUCCAGUAAGUGCAAGAAGAAUUUGCCGCAGCUGUCCGUCGGUUCCAGCACCAUGGAAGACAUCAGGUCCAGAGCAUAUGACAGUUUUGAUGUUCAGCUCAGCAGCCUACAGUUCCUUUACAGCCAACCAGAUGGUGACUGGAAGAGCGCUCGCAAACAGAAACGGUCUCCGCUCCACAUCCUGGAGCCCGUGGAUCUGAAAGUGGUUUUCAGCAGGGCCAUGGUUGUGAAAGACUCCUUUAUGCCAAAGUUUAAAAUGUUCGGGGAACUCCCGCUGCUCUCUCUUCGAAUAUCUGAUAAUAAACUCAGAAGUGUUCUGGAGCUGGUGGACAGUAUCCCGCUUCCUGAAAGCAAACCUGCAGCACGCAGCACUGCUUCUUCUGCCAAUACAAAGUCGAGGCAGUCGUUCACUCCUCAGCUGGCUGGAAGAAAACACCUGAGUUUAGUCGACCAGCGUUCCUCAGUCAUUUUUGAAUCCUGUGAGACCAUCAGCAUCUCCUCACUGGGGUCACAGGAGGAUUUGUUCUACGAUGCUCCCAGCUCUCCGAUCGGAGAUAAGGCUUUCUUCCCGGACAAUCCCUUGCCCCUACGCUAUGCAGAUUUAGGCAAAAGAGCGAAUCUGGUCAAGGAAGAUCCUCCGAAGAACAUGAGUAACUUCCACAUGAAAUUCGAGAUCAGUGAGUUGUCUGUGCAGCUGUGUCGUCUGACUGGAGCUCAGGAGGUCAUCGUGCUCCAACUGGAUAUCGAAGGUCUGGGCACCGAGCUGAGGCUGUUCACCUUCAACAUGACCUCAAACAUCUUCCUGCGCGAGAUCUGCCUGAAGUGUCCCGAAUACAUGGAUUCGGAAGACAAGCAAGUUCAGCUGAUCACCACUUUAGACAACACAGAAGUUGACCUUCUGACCUUGGAGUAUAUCAAAGCUGAUAAGAAUGGUCCCGAGUUUAAAUCUCAGCACAACAAUACAGAGCAGCUCAUUAAGGUGAUGUUUUCAUCCUUGGAUGUUCAUCUGCAUACGGAGGCUCUCCUGAACACUAUGAACUUCCUCAGUAACCUCCUUCCUCAAUUCACUAAGAAGGAAGCAGGGCCAGAGGAGCUGCCCACCAUCCCCGAGGAGGAGGAGGAGGAAGAGAAAAAGGGGGAAAUGGCUGUAACCAAGAAAAAACCUUCCAAAAGCUCAAAGUUUGCAGAUGUGGUGAAUCUGCGUGUGAAAGCCGACCUGCGCUGCUUGAAAGUGUUCAUUCGAGGACAGAAAGCUAGGAUCUCAGAGAUAAGUGUCGAAGGUCUGGUUACUGAUGUCUUGAUGAGAAAGAAGGACUUGGAGAUCCUAGCCAAUCUAAAGAGCAUUGUGAUCCUGGACUGCAACAAAGACGCCUUAUACAAGAAGGCAGUCUCUAUUGCAGAUAAGCAAGUCUUUGCCUUCAGGAUGGUAAACUACACCGGGGCAACAGAAGGAGACGCCUAUCUCGACAUGUCUAAAGUCGACACAUCCGUCGCACUGGAGGUUGGGUGCAUUCAGGUCAUUUUCCUCAACAAGUUUGUCUCCUCUGUCCUGGUAUUUAUUAAUAAUUUCCAGAAGGCUAAAGAUGCCCUCACUGAGGUGACGGUUCAGGCAGCAGAAAAGGCAGCGUCUGGUGUGAAGGAACUGGCGGAGAGAAGCACUCGAAUCGCUCUGGACGUCCACUUGAACGCUCCUGUAAUUUUCCUCCCACAGUCUUCCUCCUCAUCAAAUGUCAUCGUUGCUGAUCUUGGUUUCCUGUCCGUCAAGAACCGCUUCAUCAAGCAGCCGUUUAAAAACAACACUGCAAUCCCGCCGGUUGUGGAUAAAAUGACAGUGAAACUGACUGACCUUAAGAUGUACAGAACCAACUACGUAAAUGGGAAAUUUGAAGGAGAGACUCAGCUGCUGAAGCCAGUCAGCCUGGACCUGGAAAUCCAAAGGAAUCUUUCAGCCAAUUGGUACCACAGCAUCCCUGAUAUAGAGAUCACUGCUCAUCUAAAGCCUAUGAGUCUGAUCCUCUGCCAGGAUGACAUAAUCGUGGUCUUGAGGGCUCUGAGCGAGAACCUUUCGGAGAAGUCUGACGCUGUUCAGCCUCCAGCAGUUCUGCCGACACCUGACCACUCCUCCGACUCCGUAUCCAUCAGAGAGUCCCAGGGCUCAGGAACCACUGGACCUGCUAGCACAGGCAACACGGUGGUGAUAGCUGCUGUGGUGGAGACCCAGAAACACACCAAGCUAAAGACCACGCUCAAGCUGGACUUUAAGUUUGACUCCAUGACGGUAGUUCUGCACAGCCCUAAUGAGAAUGUGCUCUUAGACCCACAUGAUCAACAGCUGAGGUUGGCAGAGUUUACUCUGGGUACCAUCUCCACUUCUGUCCACAUGUUCUCUGACAGCUCCAUGAAGGCAUCUGUGCGACUCUCUACGUGCCUCCUAGAUGACAAGAGACCAAGAAUCAAGAUGGUCACCCCAAGGAUGAUGACACUGCGGCCUGGUGCAGAGCAGAACAUGAUGGUGGAGGUGAACUACCGUCAGGGAGUUGAUGGCACCAAUAUAGAAACGGUGGUGCAGGAUGUGUACCUGUGUGCCAGCAUGGAGUUCCUGCUCACAGUGGCUGAUGUUUUUCUUAAUGCCAAACAGUAUGGUUUUGCUCAGGGGGCACAGCCCAAAAACAACACUGGUGCUGGAGAGAAAAAGAAUAUUAACUCUUCUGUCACGUCGAAAGACUCAAGUACAGCUGCAGCUCCGGUGUCAAAGUUGGAGAUGACCGUUGUCGUGCGUAAUCCAGAGAUCUUGUUUGUGGCCGACCUGACACGUGCUGACGCCCCGGCCCUGGUGGUGACCACACAUUGUGAGGUGUCAAUGAUAAGUGGAGCAGAGUCACUGAUGACCGCCAUCAUCAAAGAUCUAAAGGUUGUGGCAUGUCCGUUCUUAAGAGAGAUGAGGAAGAACAAUGUGACCACCGUUCUGCAGCCAUGUCAGGUGUACUAUCACAGUUCUCAACCCCCAGGGGCCCCUCAGGCCAUGAAAGUUGAGAUUAAGACUCUCUCAGUGAAGGUAUCUCCUGUUAUCAUCAACACAGUGAUAACCAUCUACUCAGCCCUGACGCCCAAGGCUGAGACCCCCGAGGAGCAGGAGAGCCCGGUUCCUGUGGACCUUUGGGAGAAACGGGGCUGGAAGGAGCUCAAACUGUGGUUCUUGGAAGAGGAGGAGGAUGAAGACACAAAGUCUCUGACCCCACUGAUUCCACAGGGAGAGUCCUUGAAGUUGACCAUAAAUUCAAUCUGCCUGACUCUGGAGGCAGGAGUGGGACACCUCACUAUCCCCAUGCUGCUCGCCAAGUCCUCCUUUCACGGAGAUGUAAAAAACUGGUCCACUCUCAUUAACCUCUACAGCGAGCUCACACUGGAGGUUCAGUAUUACAAUGAGAUUCUGGGGGUGUGGGAGCCACUGUUGGAGCCCUUAGAGGAUGAGACAGGCGAGAGUUUCAAACCUUGGACUCUGAAACUGAAGAUGAAGAAGAAGCCUGUGAAGGACAUUCGUUUGUCAGAUGAAGUGGAUUACAGUAUUCCAGACUAUAAGACAGUAACUAACAUCAGCAGUAAAGACCAGCUCAACAUCACCCUCUCAAAGUGUGGACUCACCAUGCUGAGCAACCUUGGCACAGCCUUCGCGGAAGCUGCCAAACAGACUGCAGAAUGUUUUCAGAACGAUGAAGCUCCAUUUGUUGUGAAGAAUAGGUUGGGUCUUCCUGUGUCUGUCCGGUAUAGUGAUAUGUUUUCCCCCGUCGGCAAGCAGAGCAGUGGACACACUGUGGAGCUGCAGGAUGGUGAAAGCCUCAGUAUGGACUACUCAGUCACAACACACUCUGAUCAGUUCUCAGCUAUGACCUCCCUGAGUGGAAAAGACUACUACAUACAGCCUACUCCAGUGGGCCAUACCUCAACCAGUGUGAUCCCCCUGAUCAAAGUAGGCAGGGGGUUGUACAAUGUCAUGCACAAAGACUCAGGAGUCACUCGGUUCCUCGUCUGUCAGACUUCCUCAGUUGAGGGCAGCAAAUACAUCAAGAUCCGCUCUCCUUUUCAGAUUAUCAAUCAUUUCACAAUUCCAUUUAACGUUUUUGAGGGAUCAACAUGUCUGGGAAAAGCUUCUCCAACUGAGGAGUUCUGUGUACCCCUGGAUUCAUACAGGUCUGAACUGAGCCUGCAGCCAAUAACAGAGGACACUGCUGAGGAUGAGGGAACGCAGUUUGAGUUGUCAGAGGGCUUCAGUUACGAGGACAUCUUCAACCAUGAUCCAGAUACUCGACUCCAGCAGACCUGCCGUUGUCGUGGAGAUGAGUUUGACAAGAUGAUGAUCAACAUCAUACCUGUGAAGGACACAGUGACCUGCAAGGAGACAGGAGAUAUUGGGGAGAACUUUGAUGUACCCUUUGUGCUUCACCUCUGGCCUUCUGUCCUGCUGCGCAAUCUGCUGCCUUACCCCAUUGCGUACAAAUUAAAGGGGAGUCGGGGAUGUGCCCCUGAAGUUACCCUGGAUCCAGGCCACUCUGUUCAGCUUCACAAUGCGGUCAUUAACCAGUCAAGUCUUGACCUCCGCCUUAUGGAUUAUUUGGCUCAGGAAUGGUCCUCUGAAUACAGACUCCAGAGUGAGCAGGAUGAAAUCACCUUCAUUGUGUUCGAGUCUCUAAACAACGACGAGGAACAUGUAGGAGAUGGGUCGGAGAGGAAGAGGCCUCAGUUGGAUAUUGCAGUGCAUGUCCAAUAUGAUCUAGGUCAGACCGACGUGGCCAUCCACUCUCCAUACUGGAUGGUGAAUAAGACGGGGAGGUUGCUGCAAUACAAGGUUGAUGAUAUCCACCGUAAACACCCCCUAGACUACGAUAUGCCCCUUCUCUUCUCCUUUAAGCCUCGCAAUUUUCUGCGAAAUAAUAAGAUCCGCCUCAUGAUCUCAGACAGCGAGCCGUCAGAUGAUUUUUCCCUCGACACAGUUGGUAGCCAUGGUGAUGUGAAAUGUAAGGGCAGAUACAAAGACUAUCUGGUUGGCGUGAAGAUCGACGCAAGCAGUUUCAGUCUCACCCGUAUCGUGACCUUUGUGCCAUUUUAUAUGCUGGUCAACAGAACCAAGCACCGGGUUUUCAUAUGUGAGGAUGGCCAAGAAAACUGGACUCAAGCAGAGCCAGAACAGUCGGCUGUUCCUUUCUGGCCUGAGAAUGACACCAAGCGUCUGAAGAUCAAAUUAGAAGGAUGUUUAGCGCCUCCUCAGACUAUUGAUUUCACCAGAGCAGAGAACUGCCUGUUGCUCCAUCUGGACAACUCUGUGGGCGGGAUCAUUGUUGAUGUAAACCUAUCAGAGCACUCGGCCACCAUCCGAUUCUCCGAGUACCAUGAUGGGGCGGCCCCUUUCCUCCUCAUCAACCAUACCAAAGAACAAACUCUUCAGUUCAGACAGAGCACCCGGAAAGAGACCGACUGGGUGGCUGACGGGCUGUUCGACCUUUCCUUCUCAGUGGAGGAGGACAGGUCUCAAAAGGAGGCAGAGUGGGAAGAACUAGAGGCUGGAAAAGCCGUGUACUACACCUGGACUGAGCCCACCGGGUCGAGAGAGCUUAGGUGGAAAUGUGGCCAGAACAGUGGGGAAUUAAAGGUGGAGAAGGAACUGAUGGAUGAGCAUCUAAGCAAAGAGGGGAAACUUUAUGUGAUUCCUUUUUACGAAGGUCUCCAGCGCGUUGUGCUGUUCACCGAGGAUAAGCGGGUCUUCAAACAGCUUUUGGAAAACGAAAGCUUGCAGCGGGCUGAACAGGAAACCAUCCUGUCUCUGCAGAAUGUGGGCAUAUCUUUGGUGAACAACACCAACAGCCAGGAGGUCUCUUUCAUUGGAAUCACAAGCUCCGACAUGGUGUGGGAGAUCAAGCCUAAGAAGAAGGAUCGGUGGAAGACUCUGAGUACAGCAGAAGCUGAGAUUUUGGAGAAUAGCUACAAAGACUACAUUGAUUCCUCGCCGAUAGACCACUACAUUGCUGAACUGGAGAACCUUCAGGUCUGUUUCACUCCCAACGGUGCAGAUAUGCACAUGCUGCAGCCAACCCAAGCUCCUCUGAGGCGGCACUUUCUGCCCGGGGUGAAGGUGGAGUACAGCAUCUCACCGCGACAGAGAUCCUACCGUGUCCAAAUCCACCACAUACAGAUCCAGAAUCAGCUACAAGGCGCCAUCUUCCCUUUCGUUUUUUCCCCUGUUAAACUCCCAAAGUCAAUCGCUAAAGAUACAGAACCCAAACCAUUAAUUGAUCUCAGCAUUGUUACCAGAACUGCUGGACACUCUGACAUCUCUCGCAUCAAGUACUUCAUGGUUUUGAUUCAGGAGAUGAAUCUGAAGCUUGAUCUGGGCUUUAUGUAUGCCAUCCUGGACUUCCUUACUCCUGAGAACACCGGUGUCAUGAUUUCAGAAGAGGUGGUGAAGCUGUUUUCUAAGGACAUAGAGAAAAUAAAGACAGAGCUGAACCAUGUCUCUUCUACUGACACAUCACCCAUCAGCCUCUUUGAGUACUUCCACAUUUCCCCUAUCAAGUUGCAUUUGAGUUUCUCCCUGAGCACAGGAGGAGAAGAUGGCUUAAAGGAGAAGAGGGAAACGGAAGUCAUCCCUGUUCAGUCCCUCAACCUUCUGCUGAAGAGUAUCGGAGCGACUCUCACUGAUGUGCAGGAUGUUGUCUUUAAGCUGGCGUUCUUUGAGUUAAAGUUCCAGUUUUACACCACUCAGCAGCUUCAGCGGGAGGUCAUCAAACAUUACUCCAAGCAGGCUAUUAAACAGAUGUAUGUGCUUGUGCUGGGCCUGGACGUGCUUGGAAACCCAUUUGGGCUGAUCAGAGGAUUGUCAGAAGGUGUAGAAGCUUUCUUCUAUGAGCCUUACAGGGGAGCCAUCCAGGGCCCUGAAGAGUUUGUGGAAGGAGUGACUAUUGGUGUGAAGGCUCUGGUUGGAGGAGCUGUUGGGGGUAUAGCAGGCGCAGCCUCUAGGAUAACAGGAACUAUGGCAAAGGGCGUCGCUGCAAUAACCAUGGAUGAGGAGUUCCAGCAGAAGAGACGAGAAACCAUGAACAGACAGCCUACAGGCCUGAAAGAAGGGCUGGCCAGGGGUGGAAAAGGAUUGGUUUCUGGAUUCGUCAGUGGAAUCACAGGGAUUGUUACCAAACCUAUUAAAGGGGCACAGAAGGAGGGAGCGGUGGGCUUCUUUAAAGGUUUUGGCAAAGGUUUGGUGGGUGCGAUAGCUCGGCCGACGGGAGGCAUCAUCGACAUGGCCAGCAGUACUUUUCAGGGAAUCAAAAGGGCAGCAGGGACCUCACAAGAUGUCGUCUCCCUACGUCCUCCUCGCUUCAUACACGAGGAUGGUGUCAUCCGACCGUAUAAGGAGCGAGAAGGCAUCGGAAGUCAGAUGCUCCUGAAAAUUGAGAACGGACGCUUUGCCAAAUAUAGAUAUUUUGCUCAUGCCAUGGUUAACGAUUCAGACUUCUUCAUGAUCACCAAGAGAGGAAUAUUUUUUGUGACUAAAGGCACGUUUGGCCAGCUGACCUGCGAGUGGCAGUAUCUGUUUGAAGAAUUCACAAAAGACCCAAAGAUUGUAGGCGAACGUCGACUUCGGAUUGAAGCCAAGGAAAGAGUGAAAUCUGUCUUCCAUGCCAAAGAGUUCGGGAAGAUUAUAAACUUCAAAACGCCAGAGAUUGCUGAGUGGGUUCUUAAUAAGUUGCAGAAUGCCAGAGAUGGUUUACCUAAAUUCUAAUAAAGAAUAAGAUGUGCUAAAAACACAGAUGAUCUGUGUGUCAGUGCCUUUGCUAUUUACUGCAUGCCUGCUUUGUGUCCCUACAUGUGUAAGCAAUGCACAAAAUGUUGUUUUUUUAUGUGGACUUUUUGCAUGAAGUUAGGAAUGAAAGAUUGAGUGGGUUAUAUUAUCAUAACAUAAAAAGUGCUAUUAGUGUGUUUCUGAAUUACACAAUUUCAUCACAGAAUCUCAGAAUGCAUUUAACCAAACUUUGUCAUUGCUCUAAUUGCACUCAUUCUUUUUGCACAAACAUCGUUUUAUUGGUCUUUUUGACUGAAAGAACAUUAAACCAAGAGUUUACCUACACUUUUUGUAACAUUCAGUGUAAAACGCCAAUGGAACUGGAAUAUUUUAUUUUUAAACCUUCAGGGUGUCUUUAGUUCUGUUUUUCACUGUCAAACACAUAACGUCACUCAUUUAUUUCCUCUUCAUUAUUGUCAACUAUAUUUUUAUUUGUAUAUAGAAAGGUAGAAAUAUCACUGCAACAUCUUGAAAGUAACCUGAAUAACACUGAGGCCAAAUUACCAACUGCACAUUCAAUGUCUAAAGCUGUGUUAAUUUGUACCAGAUUAUAUAAAAGGGAAUCAAGGUGUUAUUGUAACAUUACUGUAGUUCAGUGUGUUUAUUUUAUCUCUGAAAGUUUUCAUUUUUUUAUACAUAUUUUCAAAAUAAAGACUGUUCAGUUGGAGUUUUUCAGAUGCAUGCUAUUUUUAUACUAUAUCUGCUGGAUGUUCAUUUAUUAUUUGUAAUCAUGCUCACAUCAGUCUGUGGAAAGCAGAGAUGGUAAUGUUGCUUUUCUGCUUUUUUACCAAACAUGCAAUGCAAACUUUACAAAAUAUGCAGAGAAACAUUUAUUUAAAAUUAAAGAAAUUCUAAUUAUUAUCGGCUGCUGUUUUCUCUGGAGUCCAGGUUUUCUGUUCCUGUCCACGAAUAACAAGAGUAAAUAUUUCUGAUGCCAUUUUAACUUUGUUUUGGUCGUUUUGGUUAGCAGAAUGUCUACUGCUGUGGUUUUAUUCAUGCUGUUUUUAAAGAAAAAAAUAAAACAUGUUCUUCAAA